GGAGAGGAAGAGAGGGAUAAAAAAAAAAGAACCGUUGAGGAAGAAAAAUUGUUGGUACUCUACUCAAAGGUUCCUCAAAGCAGUGUGAAAGAGGAAGAGAGAAGAGGAAGAACAACUGCUCCCAUUACCACUCUGCAAGGAGAUCUGCAGUGGACAGGAACUUCUCUGCAGAGCUCCAUGACAUAGAGACCAGCUUGCCAGAAUCUCUCUCCAGGAUCGUGAUUCUGAUCAGGGGCUUCAAUCAUUGGACACGUGGCCUGGGGCUCCAGAGAGGAGAAAGAGACAUUCUUUCACUAACUGGCCCUGCCUUGGCUGUGAAUAGAAGGGUGUGAGAGGGAGUCCAGGCUGGGACAGGGGGCUAGUAGUAGGGCUAAGACUGCAUAACCCUGUCUCUCUCUGUGAGAGUGUGUCUGAUGUGUGUUUGUGUUUCCUCUGCAGUGUGUUAGCAUUACCUUAGUAAGAGAGGAAUGAGAGGUCGGCAGACCAUGUGCCUCUUUGUGUUGCCUCCUGUCACCUGAGUGUGUUUGUGUGUGUGCAAGGAUAGUGUGUUUUUUAUCUGAGUAAUUGAGAACAAACACUCGUCCCUACCACGGGUUGGAGUGUAAACCUCUUCCUUAGUGACCGGAGAAGCAGUGGAGGAAGGGAGAGAAAAAGGGAAGGAAUAAGAGGAAAAGCUUGAACAUUUCUUCAGAUUCUCAGUCUUUCCACCUCAGUCUACAAACCUCUCGACAGCACUUGGAUAGUUCCCUCCAGUCUCCAGACCUCUACCCUGACCCCUGAAAUUCUAUCCCAGCUCACGGACUUCUUCCCCAGCCUACAGACCACCUCAGACAGCCUGUCACCUCCUACAUCCUACCCAGCCUCAGCCCAGCUCUCAGGACAUCUAACCCCAGGCUUGAGGCAUGACAGCAGGAUAGCUACGGCUCCCUUCUUAGCCUGUGUUCCAUCGAGGAGGAUGCUUCUAUCAUCUAGCCGAGCAGGGCGAACACACACACUGACACACACAUGGCGACUAGGGGUAUGUGAAGUGUGUAUGUCGCCGGGUUGGAUAGCCCGAAUUUGUGUUUUGAGCUCUAGAUUUAAUUGUAUUUGUAUUUUGAGAACUGUUUUUGAUCAUAUUUGGAAUGGAUUGAUUGCGGUUCAAGUACUGACCUUGACCCUGUUUUGAAAGCUGGGUUUGACCGUAACCACUGGAGGACUACCCUAACCCCAGCGACCCUUCUGUGCCUUUUGUCCUCUGUGACCUCAGAGACAAUGUAGAAGUGAGGGUGAGGGGGAGGAGACUCAUCCUAGAGCCGAAGAUGAUUGGCUUGAACUUCACCUUGCAAGAGCUCCUCAGGAAAUUUGAAGAGGAUAUCCAGGCAGAGAUCGAUGCCCAUAAUGAUAUCUAUAAGAGUGUGGACGGGAAUAAGCCCAAGAUGGUCAAGUCCCUGGGAACGUCUGAGGAGGCAGUGUUUCUGCAGCACCGACUGGACGACAUGAACCAGCGCUGGAGCGACCUCAAGACCAAAUCUGCAAACAUACGGGCUCACCUGGAGGCGAGUGCGGAGCGUUGGAGUCAUCUUCAGAGCCUGCUGGAGGAGCUGUGGAGGUGGAUCUGUCUGAAGGAGAAGGAACUGGCCAAACAGAUGCCCAUAGGAGGAGAUGUCCCCACCCUGCUGCAGCAGCACAACCACUGCAAGGUGUUGCGGUCGGAGCUGAAGGACCGCGAGCAUGUUGUGGCCAAUACACUGGACCAGGCACACACAUUCCUGGCUGACCAGUCCAUCGAGGGGCCGGGAGAACCAUGCAAGAACCUACAGCCCAAAACAGACCUGACUCCAGAGGAGAAGGCGCAGGGUGUGGCCAGGGCCAUCAGGAAGCAGACAGCGGAGGUGCAGGAGCGUUGGGAGCGUCUGCAGGACCACGCUGGUGGAUGGCAGAGUCAGGUAGAAAGGGCAUUUGAGAGGCUACAAGAGCUCCAGAGCAACAUGAACCAGCUGGACCUGCGGCUAGCCAGGGCAGAAGAGACCAAGGCUGGCUGGCAGCCUGUAGGAGACCUGCUCAUAGACUCACUGCAGGAACACAUAGAGAAGACCACGGCUUUCAAGGAAGAGAUGGCCCCUCUGAGGCAGGACGUGAAUGUGGUGAAUGAGCUGUCUGGUGAACUAGCUUCUCUGGAUGUGCAGCUGUCCUCCACCUCCUCCAGGCAACUGGAUGACCUCAACAUGCACUGGAAACUACUACAGGUGGCCAUUGAAGAGAGACUAAAGGUCCUUCAGGAAGCCCACAGAGACUUUGGCCCUUCCUCCCAGCACUUCCUAUCCACCUCUGUGCAGCUCCCGUGGCAGAGGGCGCUCUCUCAGAAUAAGGUUCCGUACUACAUCAACCACCAGACUCAGACUACCUGCUGGGACCAUCCAAAGAUGACAGAGCUCUACCAAUCGCUUGCCGACCUAAACAACGUGAGAUUUUCCGCUUACAGAACAGCCAUGAAAAUCCGCAGGCUACAGAAAGCACUAUGCUUGGACCUCUUGGACCUGAAGGUGGCCCAGAGCACCUUUGAACAACACAAGCUUACCCAGAAUGCCCAGCUGCUGACAGUGCCUGAUGUGAUCAACUGUCUGACAUCCAUUUAUGACGGGCUGGAGCAGCAGCACAAGGACCUCGUCAAUGUUCCGCUUUGUGUCGACAUGUGUCUCAACUGGCUGCUAAAUGUCUAUGACACUGGACGCAGUGGGAAGAUUCGUGUCCUGUCCAUGAAGAUAGGAUUGCUCUCGCUCUCCAAGGGCCAUCUGGAGGAGAAAUACAAAUACCUGUUCAGUCAGGUGGCAUCGUCAGGGGAUAAGUGUGACCAGAGACAGCUGGGUUUGUUGCUCCAUGACGCUAUCCAGAUACCACGGCAACUAGGAGAGGUCUCUGCCUUCGGAGGGAGCAACAUUGAACCCAGUGUCCGGAGCUGCUUCCAACACACAAUUUCUUCCACGAGUCCCAAGAGUUCCCUCUUGGGAGACGCUGUAUGGACACAUCUGGUGCCGAAAUUGAUGACGUAUGUUGCACAGCUGAGAGUCAAGUGGAGACGAAUGGAUUUGGUUCAGUCAGUCGUCCAGAAGAGCCCUCCCAGCUAG